CGCCACCGUGUGUUCGAGGCACCGUACUGCAGCGCGAGGCAUUGUUUACUGUUGCUUGGUAACACGCAUAAAAAUCAGCAUGGCAGCGAACGAGAAACGGGAUUUGGUCCAUCAAAACGCUAUUCACGUUGAGACGAUCCGGAAAGAGCAAAGACACCAGAAACUCCACACGGAAUUCAGCAUCAACCCACACAGGAAAUUGCAUGUCCUGCCAGACAAACCCAUGUCUAGGAAACCAACAGAAGUGAUUGCAGACAACACUGACUUUAUCGAGGCCUUCCACAAGGCGCGCCAGGAGCCUACCAAGAAAUAUAAAAUGCCACAGACUGAGAAUCAGGAGAUAGGAUGGGUGUCAACUCCACUGAUCCCAUCAAACCGCAGUGACAAGAGAUUAAAUUUCUACAGAGUCAUCUCGGACAUCACCGGACACAAAGAAUCUGCUCUGCGUUCAUCAAAUUAGACCAAGACAGAAAGAAUGUAAAUCUACAAAAAGUGAGCAGCUAUGUUCAGAUUUUUUAAUCAUACAAAGUUGUCAUCGCCAGAAGCUGCCCUUUUUCAUUUCCAUCUUAGCAAGCUAAGAAAAACACUUGCAGGGGAAACAUUUACACAGGUCUAUACGAAGCACACUUGUCCAUCGCAUACUUAUCAUAUUAAUGUGGGGAAAGGGCAAAACUAACAGCUGCUCAAUAUUAUAAAAUGUCAUGUCACAUGGGAGAGAAAUGAGUCAAGGAGCUGAGCUAGAAAAAAGAAGACACUAAACACUUUGGAGCACACAGCAUAAAUUAGAUGGCAAGAAGGUUGGU